AUGUUUAGAUCUGUUAUUUCACGCUGUGCAGUGUCUGUGGCUAAGAGACAAGUAGUUAGUACUUCCAAGAUAUAUCCCAUGACACACAUAUCGACUAGAUUCUACUCUCCACCAAGCGCACUUGAAAAAGGUGCUAUUACUUCUCGUAUGAUUGAUCUCUUAAAGGCAUUUAACAAGUCCGGUAAUGUAGAAGAAAUUACAGAGACUGCUUCAUUUCAAAAAGAUCUAGGCUUAGAUUCAUUAGAUCUUGUUGAAUUUAUCGUUGCUGUCGAAGAAGAAUUUAGCAUUGAAAUUCCUGAUAAAAUCGCUGAUGAUUUGAAAACCAUAAACCAGACCGUGGAAUACAUUAAGAAUGAAACAGAUGCUUCAUAG